AUGGGUCCUACUCACGGGUUGCCACGCACUGGGCUCGCUGCCCUCCUAGCCAGUCUUGACAUUCCGGGCGAGAUCCAAUUACCCGCUGGAAAUGUCGUCAAAGUAGGAAAUGGCGAGCCGAAAUAUCGAGUGAUCUUUCAAUCCAAAAGCGCCUUACGCACGCCGAUGACGGAACUUAGUGUCGGCCGUGCGUAUGUUUCUGGUGAAAUCCAAGUCGAAGGAGACCUCGGUGCCCUAUUUGAUUUUCGGGAGAAACUCAAGGAUAAAAUGCCUUUGCGACAGAAGUUUCAAUUUCUAUACGACUAUUUUCGAACUGCUACAGCCAUGAACUCCAAGGCCAUUGGAGAACACUAUAGUCGUGGCGACGAUUUCUAUCUUACCUUUAUCGACAAGCGAUAUAGAUUCUACUCUCAAGGAUUGUUCAAGCAUCCGGAUGAGAGUAUUGAAGAGGCAUCAGAGCAUAAACUUGAGAGCAUGUUCAACAGUUUGGAUCUCAAGCCUGGACAGAGACUCCUCGAUAUUGGCGGUGGUUGGGGAGGUGUUACGCAGUACUGUGGUGCUCGCAGGGUGCAUGUCACAACCUUGACUUUGACGGUGGAUUCGGCCCGCUUCAUCCAACGUUUGAUAAGCGAAAAGGACCUUCCCGGAGAGGUCUUCUUGCAGGACUUUCUAAACUUCAAGCCUGAGGAGCAAUUCGAUCAUGUCGUUAUCUACGGCGUCAUCGAGCAUCUUCCAGACUACCGAGAAUUCGCACGCAGGGUCUGGGAUGUACUCAAACCUGGAGGACGAAUCUAUCUCGAUGGAUCGGCAGCUGCCACCAAAUUUGAUGUGAGUUCAUGGACGAGAAAUUAUAUCUGGCGAGGCACGCAUACAUUCAUGACUGUGCAAGACGUCAUGGCUGAGUUUUUGUAUCAUGGGUUCGAGGUUAUUGAGGUAGCUCGUGAGACCAAGGAUUAUGAGCUUACCAUGUUGGAAUGGGCCAAGAGACUAGAUUCAGCCAAGAACGAAGUCAUUGCGGGCUGGGGGGAGGAAACGUAUCGCAUGUUUCGUCUAUUUCUAUGCGGCGGGACGCAUGCAUUCAAGACAAAUGCUUUGCAGGCGUACCAUCUUGUUGCUGAAAAGACCAGGUCGCCAGGGCUCCGUCCAUCGACUUAUCGUCGAAUUAUUCAGUUCCUUGGGACACUUCGUUGA